GCAUCAUCAGUCAGUCAGUUAAAAUUAGCACCUACGACUGGUUAGAUGGCGGUCGAUUAUCAGAAGGUACCUCCGGAAGGAGGCUGGGGUCUGCUGGUCGGAAUCGGAAUGGCUGCCAUGUUUACCGUUUCGUUGGGCUCUCUUCCUUCGUUUGGACUUAUGUUUGGGGAUUUUCUGACCAAUCUUGGCGAGGAGACCGGUGCGAUCGCGUUGAUUACGAGUUGUUUCUUCAGUGCGUUGAGUUUUGCUGGACUUUUCACGAAUACGUUGAUGAAAAAGACCUCUUGCCGGACGGUGGGACUAAUUGGGGCCACACUGUAUGUGGUUGGUAGCUUUCUCACGAUUUUUGUCCGGUCCACCAAUGAACUGCUGAUAUCGUUUAGUAUAUUUCAAGGUGCUGGAUUCGGACUAAUGAUUCCUGUGUCCUACACCACAUUCAAUGCUUAUUUCGUGGAGAAACGCGUAGUCAUGAUGAGUAUAUCGCAAACCUUGAUUGGAUUGGGUACGAUGUUCUAUCCUAUAUUCAUUCAAAGGACGAUGGAGGCGUUUGGUUUUCGAGGGUGCAUGGCAGUGCUUGCGGCGGUCAACAGUCACACCAUGGUGGCUAUGUUGUUAAUGCAUCCCGUUGAGUGGCAUAUGAAGAAAGUGAAAGUAGACGCUGAAGAAGUACAGAUAAAUGAGACACAUUCGCCUCCUAAAGAGAAUAUCACUGACUAUGAUUCGAAGCUGCUAAAACUAAAAAAUCAGAGCUGUUCUCGAAGAGCUUCAUCAAUUCCGGAGCUUGGUAAUUGGUCCGGACCAGUCGUAGUUAGUGAUACCACAGAAAGGGACAAGAAACCAUCCUCCAAGUGGCAGGUUCUAAUCGAUUUCCUGGAUCUCACACUGCUGAAGGAUCCCAUCUAUGUCAACAUUGUGCUUGGAAUUUCGUUCGCCCUCUACUCGGAUCUGGCCUUCUUUACCCUGCAGCCGAUGUAUUUGCUCAUGAUUGGAUUCAACAAACCGGACGUUUCCCUAAUCAUUGCAAUCGGGGCGGCAGCAGAUUUGCUUUCGCGCGUUUUCCUGGCCAUUUCCAGCACAUGUUUGAACAUUAAGGCUCGCUACGUCUAUCUGGCCGGGGCACUGUUCACCAUCCUGGCACGUUUCGCGUUUUUGUUCGUUUACGAUUUUCACGGUAUGGCCAUCAUAACAGCUAUAAUGGGAUUCCUGCGGACCUGGAUCCACGUUCCCCUGCCGCUGGUAUUUUCGGAAUAUUUGCCCCAGAAACGGUUUCCUUCCGGCUACGGUUUGUUUAUGUUCCUGCAGGGAAAUAUUACAUUUGCGGUUGGACCAAUUGUCGGCUAUAUCCGGGAUGUGACCGGAAGUUACUCGAUAUCCUUCCAUUGUCUUACGUUGUUCAUGGCCCUGUGCGUAAUUCCGUGGCUCUUCGAGAUUGUCUACUACUGGUUGAAGGCCAGAACCAACAAAGCGGUCGUACAGGAAAUGACCGAUGUUAACAUUUAUCUGGAGCCGAUGCGCGAAGUGGACGGGAAAUAAAUUUAAAUCAAUGUACCAAAUAGUUUAUUACUGUUAGCUGUAUCACAAAGGUUGCCUUUUCUAUACACAGUGACACAAUCUCAUUUUCGUACACCGCUAUGCAGAAUGCUUAUAUGCAUUUUACAAGUAAAAAUUAAGUUUUCGAGACAUUUUAUAUAUGUAGAAAUAGUUUACUAGACAGC